AUGGCUGGUGGUGCUUGCUCAGGGCACCCGACUUAUCACUAUGGGGAGAAGUGUGUGGGGACACCAGGGUCUGAUCCAGAGCCCAAAGGAGAACCGGUACCAAUCACCACCAUCAGGACCCGAAGGGGCAACCCCGAGCCCAAUGCAGAGAAGACAUUGGUCACCACCACCAGGAGACAAAGGACUGACCCUAAGCCCAGUGUUGAGAAGGUACCAGAAGCCAACAGCACAGCACCAGGAUCUGAUGCAGAGCCCAUUGCAGACAAAAUGCCGCUCAAUACCAGAAAGCGAGGGGCUGAGCCCCAGCGCAGCAAGGAAAAAGAAUCUGUCACUGCCAUCAGGACACACAGUACUGACCCUGAGCCCAGUGCAGAGAAGAUCCUGGGCACCGCCUCUAGGAGGCGAGGGGCUGGGCCCAGCACAAAGAACACCUCUUUGAGUAAGACUGGUGACCCCUCCAGGGGAGUCUCAGAAGAUAAAGUCCCAUUGCUGGGAACUCGAUCCUCAAGGCUGAGGUCUAAAAACCAGACGAAACCGGAGGGCAUAGAGGAACCUACUGAGAAGAUUCAUUCAAACCAGGGUGAUGGAAGAGCCCUGCCCAGAGCCCACGCGGGGCCGAAAGAGGUGCUGCCCCCGGAGACCCAGAGCAGGAUGAGGAUGCCGUCGCAGCAAAGAGGGACAGGUGUUUCUACUUCCGGAAAGAAGAGAAGCACAGCCCGCAGUGAUGGAGACCCUCCAGAUGUGCACAAGAAGCUGCCGUCCAGUGCUGGAGAGGACCGAGCCAUGCUCCUGGGGUUUGCAAUGAUGGGCUUCUCUGUACUAAUGUUCUUCUUGUUUGGAAUAACCAUCCUGAAGCCUUUCAUGCUCAGUACUCAGAGAGAAGAAUCCAACUGCACGAUUCUCUACACGCACAUCAUGGACGACUGGCCGGACUGUGCGUUCACCUGCGGGGUGGACUGCCACGGUCAGGCCAAGUACCCUUGCCUCCAGGUGUUUGUGAACCUCACGCACUCCGGGCAGAAGGCUCUCCUAUAUUACAAUGAAGAAGCUGUGCACAUCAAUCCCAAGUGCUUUUAUACACCUAAGUGCCACCGAGACAGGAAUGAUCUGCACAACAGUGCUAUGGACAUAAAGAAAUUCUUCGACCACAAAAACGGGACCCCCUUUUCCUGUUUCUACAGUCCAGACAGCCAGUCGGAAGAUGUCAUUCUCAUAAGAAAGUACGACCAAAUGGUUAUUUUCCACUGUUUAUUUUGGCCUUCACUGACCCUGCUAGGUGGUGCCCUGAUUGUUGGCAUGGUGAGACUGACACAGCACUUGUCCCUACUCUGUGAAAAAUACAAGACUGCUGUCUGAAGGGAGGAAGGCCACAAAGCACCUUACAGAGAGCAGAAUCAGUACCAACAGUGUGAUAUGGAGAGGGAUGAAAAGCACAAGGGGAGUUGUAAGAUGAUGGCCAAAUUCAAGUCUUGUCCUUCAGCUUAG